AUGUCAUUCCCAUUACACGCAUUAGCAACAUCCCCACUAUCCAAAACAUCCCCUUUUGUCACGAUGAGAGUCGAUCACAGAGACUCCGAAAUUACUGAUGAAAGGUCUCGCGAACUUUUGCGUCAAAUCGUAGUGGUUCCCAAGUUUAUCCGGACGACGAUAGGAUUUGAAUUCGAGAAUUUAAUCGACGAAGGUCAUAGAGAAUCAGAGUUUUAUGAAAAUCUUUCGAAAUUUUUUGUUCUUGAAAAAUCAUGCGAUGCCGAUUAUCUUAUUCCCGAAUUGGCGAAUGUUGUGGCCGUGAAAUGGAGUUCUGAAUCACAGAUUGCAAAGCAAAUCACCGGUGGGCUGUUGUAUCUGCAUGAGAACAAUAUUGUUCACGGGAACCUAUUGGAAAGAACGAGGGGAGCCUCAAGAGUGAUAAGUCGGUCAUCUGGAUCGAUCGCUUGUUUAACUCAACCGUACCUGAAAAUUUCCGACGGUGUUGUUAAUGGUAGAAAAAGUUCCGACAUCUAUGAUCUAGAGGUGAUCCUCUGGGAGGUUUCAAGCAGUCACGUUCAGCCCAAUUCUGAAUUGAUAAAUGAAAUCACAGAAGGCGAGGUGUCAAGCGUGUCCGGAAUACCUUGGGAAUAUAGAAAGCUAUAUUGUUUGCAACAUAAUAAUGAAAAUUCUCGUCCCGAUAUUAGAAUGGUUGCCAAGAAUUUAGGUACUAUUGAAUCGACGAGUUCAACAAAAGAUCCCGGAAUACUUGUUUCAAAAGGCGAGACCAAGGUGGAUCGGUACGUAGAGACGAGUCGUUCGUGUAAAAAUACCUCCGAAGGAUCCUUUACCAACUCCAUUCGAUUUAGUGAACGUGAAAGGCCGACAUUUGUUAAUGAGACAGACCUAAUAAUAGCAGACCUAUUUCGAUAUUUCAUCGAAAUAUUUGAUAAGCAGCACACCAAGAGACUGCCAUUCCUGAUUAAGAGUUAUCUGAAGAGUGCCGCGUUGAAUAUAAUCAAGGUUUUCCAACAAUUACUUCGACAUCCGCAAAAAUCCUGCUUCACUAGUUUGAUCGGUCAUUUUUACGAGUUUGGAUUGGGCACGGAAAUAAAUUAUCAAUUGGCUUUUGAAAUGUAUGCACGGGCAACCAAUACGAUUGUCGACAUGGACUCUGGUGUCCGAAAUCGGACAUCUCCUUUCGAAUUAUUCAAAAGGAAAAAUCGAAUUAUCGGAACGAUUUCCCUUGGAUACAUGUACUACGACAAUGCAACCGUGGGGACGGAUGUGAGAAAAGCGUUUCAAUUAUUCUCGAGGGCAGCCAAAGAAGGGUCAAGUAGGGCGGAAUCGUGGGUGGCGUUUUGCUAUUGUUAUGGUCAUGGGGUUGAACGUAAUUCGCUAAAAGCAUUUGAAAUGUACAAGAAAUCGGCGGAAAGCGGAAAUUUGGUUGGCCAGAUUAAUUUUGGGUGUUGUUUUCACGAGGGCAUAGGUACCAGGAAAGAUGAAAACAUGGGAUUUCAAUGGUUCGUGAAGUCUGCCGAGGGUGGAAAUAUUAAGGCCUUGUAUUACGUCGGGGAUUAUUAUUUCAGGAAAUCAAUAUAUGGUAUAAAAUGUGGUACGACCAGCUUGUGCGCAUCAUUUCAUUCAAUGGCUCUUGAAACUCGAAACGCAUACAUCGAAGAAUGGAGGAAUAGAUUGAUCGUCUAUAAUGCCCUUAAACAAGCAAACAUCACUCUUUACUCCUUUAACGGGGAAUUCACGGAUGUGACAUCGAUUGGAAGAAGGCCAUUCGAAAAGAUUUAUGAGGCCACCCCCCGAAGUUUUCGAAAAGUGGUGGCCAUCAAAUCUCUCAAUUUAACGGCCGAUGACACCACGAGCGAGAUCCAAAACCUAAAGGUUUUGAAAAGUCACGAGAGCAUCAUAAAAUUUUAUAGCGUUACCAAACGAGAAAACUUCAUGAGGGUUCUCGAAUACGUAAAUUACGGUACGCUCGGUCAAUACAUGAGGGAAAAUUUAAAAAUGAUGAACUGGAACGUAAAGUUGUCACUUGCAAAACAAAUCGUUGAGGCAUUGUACUUCCUGCAACUGAACGAAAUCAUUUAUGAAAAAUUGGACUCCGAGGAUAUCCCCAUUCGCAAUGAAAGGAUCAAGUUAAACGACUUCAAAAUGAAAGGGUCACCAAUAAAUGGUCCACACCGAAGCCGGGGCACCCAACGCCUGGAGCCUCUUGGUACCACACACUGUAAAACCAGUUUGGAUCUGAACAAAUUGGGAAUUCUUUUGUGGGAGAUUUCGGGCGUCGCCCCUUCAUUCGGAUUCGAAAGUUUGCGUCGGGAGAAGGUUGAUAGAGAGAAUCUGCCCCAGGGAUACAUAAAAAUAUGUGAAGGAAAUAGCAGGGCCGUGACCAAAUCUAAUUCGCACAUGUCCGAGAUGGAUGCAUUCAUGAGAAGCUUGUUCAAAUUUUUCACCGAAUUAUUCGUGAAGCAACAUUUGGACAUGAUGCCAAUCUGCAUUAAAAAAUUCAUCAAGGAUCAUGAUAAAAAUCCUGCCAAAAUACUAUACCAUUUGGUCGGUCGACACAAGUCUUACUACACAAGUAUGAUUGGAUUUUUCUAUAAACACAGCAUUGGAACAAUAGCUGACAAUAAGAUGGCUUUUGAAUUUUACUUGCGUGCAACGAAUGAAAUAACUGAUGAGAAGAACGAUUCCUCCGAUAUACCAUCAUUCAUUAAGAAAUUUAAAAAGGACAAUAAGACCAUCGGGCAGAUACUGCUCGCGAAUAUUUAUUUGUAUGGCAAAGGCGUGGCAAAAGAUGAGCAAAAAGCUUUCCGACUUUUCGCGAAGACAGCAGGGGAGGGCUCAACCAGAGCGCAGAAUUAUAUAGGCUUCUGUUAUGAAUAUGGAUUGGGCGUGGAAAAGAGUGAGGUCAAGGCGUUCGAAUUGUAUCUGAAAGCCGCCAACCAAGGGAAUCUUGUGGCCCAAUGCAACGUUGGAUACUGUUUUCAAGAAGCAAAGGAGAAUGAUGACCUAGAUGCGGCCGAUUUAUUAAAUGAAAUUGUCAAUCGAGUCAACUUAUGA